UAUGAACCAUCAUCUGAUUAUGCUUCUCAUCGGCUCAAUGUCGCAAACUUGCCAACACUGUGAGGCGAAGAAAUGGAAAGGUGAAGCCCCAGGUAUGUGCUGCAGUGGAGGAAAAAUUCGAUUAUCACCGUUAAUAGAUCCUCCUGAGCCCCUACGCACUUUCCUCAUUGGCCAGUCUUCACAGGACAAACACUUCCAAGCUAAUAUCAGACGCUACAAUUCCUGUUUCCAAAUGACCUCUUUCGGCACAACAAACGAAAUUAGAGAGCCUGGAUACAUGCCAACAUUUAAAGUUCAGGGUCAAGUUUAUCAUCGCAUUGGCAGUCUACAGCCCCUACCAAAUGAAGAGCCCAAAUUUAUGCAAGUUUAUUUCGUUGCCAACAGAACAGAACAGGCGCAGAAACGUUGUAGGAAUGUUCCAGAAACCAGAGAGGACAUAGUACUUCAGUUGCAAGAUAUGCUUCAUCAUGAAAACUCCUACGUCCAAAGCUUCAAAUCGGCCAUGGAAAAGAUCAGUCCUGAAUUAAAACUCCUUAUUUUAGCCGACGAAACCCCACGCGGUGAGCAUGAAAGGCGGUUCAACGCUCCGACAUCAUCAGAAGUGGCUGUAAUAAUGGUUGGAGAACAGCAUGGAGCAAGAGACAUAGUUUUAGAAGAAAGGAGUGGCACCAUCAGAAGAAUUGCCGAUACCCACAGGUCUUACGAUGCACUACAGUACCCACUUCUCUUUUGGCAGGGGGAAGAUGGUUAUCAUUUUGAUUUACGCCAAACAAAUCCAACUACGGGAAUGCCACAAACAAAGAAGAUUUCUGCAAUGGACUUUUACGCUUACAGGAUCAUGAUGCGCUCUUCGACAUUCAACAUUUUACUGCGAAGCAAAGACCUGUUUCAUCAGUUUAUUGUGGACAUGUAUGCCAAGAUUGAAUCCGAAAGACUGCGAUACAUUCGAUUGAACCAGAAGACGUUGAGAGUGGAACAAUAUGCCCAUUUGAGGGAUGCCGUUAUGAAUGAUGGAAAUGUUGCUGACAUGGGACAGUUAGUUAUUUUACCGUCCAGCUUUACAGGGGGGCCCAGGUACAUGCACGAAAGGACCCAAGAUGCGAUGACCUAUGUGCGAAACUACGGUAGACCGGACCUUUUCAUCACCUUCACCUGCAACCCCAACUGGAAAGAGAUACAAGAAGAACUUUUCGAUGGACAAAAGCCCCAGGAUUGCCAUGAUUUGUUGGCAAGAGUCUUUCAUCUCAAGCAAAAGGCACUCAUCAGUCUUAUCACAAAGGCGAAGAUUUUUGGUGAUACUCGAUGUUACAUGUACACGAUAGAGUGGCAGAAGAGAGGACUUCCUCACGCCCACAUUCUGGUUUGGCUGAAAGACACCUUGCACGUCCAUAGGGUCGAUGAUUUCAUCAGCGCAGAAAUCCCGGAUCCAGAAGAAGACCCAGACCUCUUUACCACGGUCACGAAACAAAUGGUGCAUGGCCCCUGCGGAAGCAUAAAUCCCCGCUCUGUUUGUAUGAAGGAUGGAGUCUGCACGAAGCGAUACACUCGCCAGUUCUUGAAAGAGACGCAGACGGGACAAGACGGAUAUCCACUGUAUCGUCGUAGAAGCCCUGCAGAUGGAGGUUUUACAGCAAGCAUCAAUCUACGAGGAUCAGAAGUUUCGGUGGACAAUGCCUGGAUUGUUCCUUACUGUCCACUACUAUCCAAAAUUUUUAACGCACAUAUCAACGUUUGAUUUACGCAAUUCUGUCAAGUCCAUAAAGUAUGUAUGCAAGUAUGUCAAUAAAGGAUCCGACAUGGCUGUAUUUUAUGUCACCAGUGGAGCCAAUGAACUGAAUGAAUUCAUCAAUAUGAGAUGGGAAGAUACAUUAGCAGCAAUGAAGCAGUGUGGAGAAUACUCAACUUUCCAAUCCACGAACGUCAUCCCACAGUCGUUCAUCUAAGCGUCCACCUUGAAAAUGGCCAGAGAGUGUACUUCACUGAAGAAAAUGCUGCUGAACGGGUCCAGGCACCCCAGGAAACAACGCUCACAUCUUUCUUCAAGCUGUGCACCCAAGAUAACUUUGCUCGCAAUUUACUUUACAACCAAAUUCCAA